AUGGUAGACCAACACUUAAUCGUGGCCAAGAUCGUGGCCAUAGUGGUGCUCUUGCUCGUGACCCUGAUCUUCUGCUUUAUUCCCUAUCUUCUGGAUCGCUUCUACAAGUGGACCCAGCGGCCCGAGAACAAUGCUCGCGAAUUCAAAGUGGUGCUGUGUCUGCUCAAUUUCGGCGGAGGGGUUCUCAUAGCCACCACCUUCAUCCACAUGCUGCCGGAGGUGGUCGAGGUGGUGAACGCUCUCCAGGACUGCCGCAUGCUGGCCCCCACUCCCUUCGGACUACCGGAGGUUCUGCUCUGCACUGGCUUCUAUCUGAUGUACUGCAUUGAGGAAAUCAUGCACUUCGCGGUUCGCCGACGGCAGCAAAGGAAGCUACGGGAGGUGGUCACGAUCAAGGAUGCGGGCGAGGAGCUGCGGGCGGAGAUUGUGGUCCAGCCAGAAGAAAGUCCUAAGGAGCCCAACUGGCUGCGUGGCCUCGGAAUAAUCGUGGCCCUCUCCCUGCACGAACUCUUCGGCGGCAUGGCCAUUGGCCUGGAGAUGAGUGUGAGCACGGUGUGGUUCAUGACCGGAGCCAUUUCCGUCCACAAGCUCGUUCUGGCCUUCUGCAUCGGCAUGGAGAUCAUGAUGGCCCAUACCCGCUGGCUGCUGGCAGUGGUUUACCUCCUCGUCUUCUCGAUCGUAACUCCGAUUGGCGUGGGCAUCGGAAUUGCAGUUAGCGAAUCUGCCGCGGCUAAUCAGCCCAGCACGGUAUCAGGAAUCCUCCAGGGGCUGGCCUGUGGCACCCUCAUCUACGUGGUCUUCUUUGAAAUUGUGGCCAAAAACCAUGCGGGCAUACGCGUUUUACUAUCGUCGAUGGUGGGAUUCGUCCUGAUGUUUGGUCUCCAGAUAGCAAUUGGCGAGGCCAAAGGGAAGAGCCACUUCACAUGCCCCUAG